AUGCCGUUCAAUGGCACUGGCGAAAGGACCAUCACUCACCCCAAGGACGCUCUGGAAGCCUCGCGCUUCACCCCAGUUUCUGAGCACACCGUGCCUGCCUUCCUCCAGGACCACCCGGUCCUCGCUGCCAGGCUCGGCGGCGCAACGGACCAGUGGUCCGUGCAGGAGGUGGGCGACGGGAACAUCAACUUCGUGUACAUCGUCGAAGGCCCGCAGGGGGCUCUGGUGGUGAAGCAGGCGCUGCCGUACGUGCGAGUGGUGGGGGAGUCCUGGCCGAUGACUCUGGAUAGGAUCUACUAUGAGGCGCUGGCGCUGCGGCAGCAGUUUGCGUGGGUGCCUGAACUGGUGCCGGAGGUGUAUUUUUUUAGUCAUCCGAUGGCGCUGAUUGUGAUGCGGUAUGUGGCGCCACCGGCGAUCGUGCUGAGGAAGGGGCUGGUGCAGGGGCGCGUGUACCCGCGUCUGGCGGAGCACAUGUCAUCGUUCCUCGCGAGCACGCUCUUCCUGUCGUCGCUCAUCGCCAUCAACACCGAGGUGUACCGCGACAAAGUGCGGGAGUUCUGUGGCAACGUGGAGAUGUGUCGGCUGACGGAGCAGGUCAUCUUCACUGAGCCCUACGUGCUGGCCACCAACAACCGCUGGACCACGCCUCAGCUGGAUGACGACGCUGCUGCGCUGAGGGAGGACGUGCCGCUCAAGCUCGCCAUCACCGAGCUCAAGAGCAAAUGA